GCGGCGGCGGCGGCGGCGGCGGCGGCGGGUCCCCCCCCCGUCCAUGGCAGCGGCGGGGCCCGCGGCGGCCGCGGCUCCCGCUCGGCUCCAAGCGGCGGUGGCGGCGGGGGGACGCCGCGGGCCCCCCCCUCGGAGGCAGCCGGCGGUCGCCAUGGCAGCGCUUCGCAGGUGAGACCCCGAAAUCCCCGUGGGCUCGGCACGCUGCCGGCCCCUGCCGCCAUGGCGUCGCCGGCCGUCAGCCCCGACUCGUCCUCCCACGAAGCCCUCUCCUCCGUCAACUCAGCACCGGCAUGUUCUCCCACCUCCGACUCGGAAAACCUCAGCCCCGACGAACUGGAGCUGCUGGCGAAGCUGGAGGAGCAAAAUCGGCUACUGGAGGCCGACUCCAAGUCGAUGCGCUCCAUGAACGGCUCACGAAGGAACAGCGGCUCCUCCUUGGUCUCCAGCUCCUCGGCCUCCUCCAACCUCAGCCACCUCGAGGAGGACACCUGGAUCCUCUGGGGCCGCAUCGUCAACGAGUGGGACGAGUGGCGGAAGAAGAAAGAGAAGCUGCUGAAGGAGCUCAUCCGCAAAGGGAUCCCCCACCACUUCCGUGCCAUCGUCUGGCAGCUGCUCUGCAGUGCCACCGACAUGCCCGUCAAAAACCAAUACUCGGAGCUGCUCAAGAUGUCCUCUCCCUGUGAGAAGCUCAUCCGACGGGAUAUCGCCCGUACCUACCCGGAGCACGAGUUCUUCAAGGGACAGGACAGUCUGGGCCAGGAGGUGCUCUUCAAUGUCAUGAAGGCCUAUUCACUGGUGGAUCGGGAGGUCGGAUACUGCCAGGGUAGCGCCUUCAUCGUGGGACUGCUGCUAAUGCAGAUGCCCGAGGAGGAGGCCUUCUGCGUGUUCGUGAGGCUGAUGCAGGAAUACCGCUUACGGGAGCUCUUCAAACCCAGUAUGGCCGAGCUGGGGCUCUGCAUCUACCAGUUUGAGUACAUGUUGCAGGAGCAGCUGCCGGAGCUGAACAUCCACUUCCGCUCACAGAGCUUCCUCACCUCCAUGUACGCCUCGUCCUGGUUCCUCACCCUCUUCCUCACCACCUUCCCUCUUCCCGUGGCCACACGUGUCUUCGACAUCUUCAUGUACGAGGGGCUGGAGAUCGUCUUCCGCGUGGGGAUGGCGCUGCUGCAGUUCAACCAGGCCGAGCUCAUCCAGCUCGACAUGGAGGGCAUGUCCCAGUACUUCCAGAAGGUGAUCCCACACCAGUUCGACAGUUGCCCCGACAAGCUCAUCCUCAGGGCCUUCCAGGUCAAGUACAACCCCAAGAAGAUGAAGAGGCUGGAGAAGGAGUACGCUGCCAUCAAGAACAAAGAGAUGGAGGAGCAGAUCGAGAUCAAGCGCCUCCGCACCGAGAACCGCCUGCUGAAACAGCGCAUUGAAACCCUGGAGAAGGAGAGCGCGGCUCUCGCCGACAGGCUCAUCCAGGGCCAGGUGACACGGGCACAGGAGGCAGAGGAGAACUACAUCAUCAAGCGGGAACUGGCGGUGGUGAAGCAACGCUGCACCUCGGCCACCGAGAACCUGCAGCGUGCCCAGACCACCAUCCGGCAGCUGCAGGACCAGCAGGGGAACCCACGCUUCAGCGAGGAGUUUGUCACCCACCUGGAGACGGAGCUGGAGCAGUCGCGGCUGCGGGAGAGCGAGACCCUCAGCGCCCUCAAGGAGAUGCAGGAUAAAGUCCUCGACAUGGAGAAGAGGAACAGCCUGCUGCCGGACGAGGACAACGUGGUGCGGCUGCAGGAGGAGCUGCAGGCGCUGGCGCUGCGCGAGGCCGAGGCCGUCAAGUCGCUGACGGAGCUGCAGCAGCAGGUGAAGGACCUCAGUGACAGCUGGCAGGCGGGCCGGGCGGGCGGGCGCUGGAAGGAGUCCCCGCGGCGGAGCAACGCCAACGCGCUGCAAGAGGCCGUGGUGGCGGCGCGGCUGCGGGAGGCCCAGGCCCAGGCUGAGCUGCGGGCGCUGCGCCAACGGGUGCUGCAGCUCGAGACGCAGGGCCAGAUCCAGCGCACGGUGCUGGGCCGGGCGGAGCAGACCUGCGCGGGGCUGCGGGAGCAGCUGCGGCUGGCGGCGGCGCAGAGCAAGGGGCUGCAGGCGCAGCUCAGCGAGAGCCACCGCAAACACGCCGAGGCCCAGUGCAAGAGCAAGGAGGAGGUGAUGGCAGUGCGGCUGCGUGAGGCCGACAGCAUGGCAGCCCUGGCCGAGAUGCGACAGCGCGUCGCCGAGCUGGAGAUCCAGAGGGAGGAGGGCAUGAUCCAGGGGCAGCUCAACCACUCGGACGCCGCCCAGUACAUCCGCCAGCUCAAGGACCACAUCGACGAGCUCAAGGCCGAGAUCCGGCUGCUGCGGGGGCCGCUGGCCUUCGGGGCGGUGGGGCUGGGGACACGCCUGGGGGACGAGGACUCGCUGGGUUCCUCCGACGAGGAGCUGCCACCCUUCGCCCUGACCCACGGGGACAUCGGGGACCUCGGGGACCUCGGGGACAUGGGGGACAGCAGCGACAGCGAGACCGAGGGGGCACCUACGGCACCGUGACCCACGGGGACAUCGGGGACGUGGGGGACAGCAGCGACCAGCGAGAUCGAGGGGGGGCACCCAUAGCACCCUGAUCCACGGGGACGUUGGGGGAACGUGGGGAACACGGGGAACAGCAGUGACGGUGAGCCCACGGGGCCACCCCGGGGACCCUGACCCGUGGGGACAUCGGGGACCCGCCAGCCCCGUGGCACCCUGGGGGCACCCUGGGGACGUUGAGGGUCCCCCGGGGGACGCUGAGGACACCCACGGCACCCAGCAGAGACUGAGGGACACCCAGAGGACACUAAGGGACACCCGUGGGUCCCAGAGCACCCGGGGGACACUUGGGGACAGCCAGAGGACGCUAAGGGACACCCACAACACCCAGGGGACACCCGUGGGCCCCACAGCACCCCAGGGCAGGAUCUGGCCGGGGGGGGGGGGGGGGGAAGGUCGAGGUCUUGGGCCUGGGGGUGCCGCGAGCUCCCAGCAGGACCCCAAGCACGGCCGGAUCCUGCACACAGAGGGAUCCUGGGACGCCGCUGGAUCCCUGAACGGCUGGGUCCUGGGAUGCCGCUGGAUCCCUGAAUGGCCAGAUCCUGCACACGGAGGGAUCCUGGGGCACCGCUGGAUCCUGGGGCAGCACUGGAUCCCUGAGUGGCCGGAUCCUGCACACGGAAGGAUCCCAGGACACCACUGGAUUCCUGAAUGGACGGAUCCUGCACACACAGGGAUCCCAGGACACCGCUGGAUUCCUGAACAGCCAGAUCCUGUGCAGAGAUGGAUCCCAAGACACUGCUGGAUCCCUGAACGGCCAGAUCCUGCGCACAGAGGGAUCCCAGGACACCGCUGGAUCCCUGAAAGGCCGGAUCCUGCGCACAGAGGGAUCCCAGGACACCGCUGGAUCCCUGACCGGCCGGAUCCUGCGCACAGAGGGAUCGCAGGACGCCGCUGGAUUCCUGAACGGCCAGAUCCUGCGCCACUGCUGGAUCCCGGGGCACCGCUGGAUCCCUGAAUGGCCGGAUCCUGCGCACAGCCAGACCCUGGGACAUGAUGGGACCCCCAGGACACAGCCCAAGGCCAGAUCCUGGAUACAGCCGGAUCCUGGGACAUGGCCGGAUCCCGGAUGCAGUGGGAUGCAGUGGGACACCCCCUCCAACCCUGACACCCCCCAAGGACACGGCCAGAUCCUGCACACCCCCAGCCCGCCCCCCCCAAAUCCCCGGGACACGGCCGGAUCCUGCGCACGGAGGGAUCCUGGAUACGGUGCGAUCCCAGACAGUGGCCGGAUCCUGGAUCCAGCCAACACACACAUCCCACCC